AUGAACAUCCCCAGAUUCAUGCCGGGCCACGUGCUCCACACGUCCGAAGAUAUCCCCCAGAGCGAAUCGCCUCUGGCGGGCCGACGAACGCGGCCCGUUUCGGAGGCCUUUUCUUCGUCCUACAGACACUCGGACCUCGGAGGGUACCCGCCGUAUGGUCUGGGCGGCUCCGCCACGGCGGGACUGGGCUCUCUGAGCGCCGGAAUGGGCAAUCUGAACCUCGGUGGAACCACCCCGGGGCUCCAGCACCUGGGAGGCGGUCUCGCCAACACAGCAACCAUGGACAGCGAAAAGUGGCUGCAGGACCUGGAGCUGUACAAUGCGAUUCUGGAGGAAAUGGCCACUGUGUCGCUGGACAAGGACUUCAAGGACGAGCUGAGCUCCAUUGAGCAGUGGUUUGGCGUUCUGUCGGACGGAGAACGGACCGCCGCCCUAUACGCAUUGCUCCAACAGACCAACCCCGUGCAGAUUCGCUUCUUCAUCACCGUGCUCCAAAAGUUUGGCAACAUGGACUUUGACGGCUCUCCCAUUGGCAACUCGUUCGAGAACGGAGCCCCUCAGCAACAGCAACAGACCUCGGCCCAGCCCUCCCCCAUGGGCCAGGGAGCUAUGGGCCAGGCCAUGACCGGCGGUCUCGGAGGCCUCGGAGGUCUGCACCCCCACCAAACUACCCACUCCAACCUCAACCCCAACGCCCACAACCCCAUCUAUGCUCCUGUCGGUACCUUCCCCUCUACCCCAUCCCAUAAACACACGUCGUCGCUGUCUACCGAGCCCAUCGGGUCGCGAAGAUCCAUGAUCGCUACCCCCGAACACGAUCUCAACGCCCAGAUUGCAAACACCACCGCCAUGAAGCUGGCUGCUCUGAGUACCGUGUCCAACCGAGCCUCGCUAGACGAUAGAAGCAAACGAAGCUCGUUCCACCAACACACAAACUCGCAGGAAUCGACCCCCACAAAGCCAGGUACUCCGGGCGGCUCUCCCGCCCCCGGAGCCCACUCCCUGGCAACUCCAAUGAAGGGCCAUCAUCAAACCUCGUCCUCUUCCUCCAUUACACAGCUGUCUGGGGCAUCCUCAGCCUCUCCAGCCACGGACAUCAAACUGCUACGAGACGUGAGUGCAUGGUUGAGAGCCCUGAGAUUACACAAGUACACAGAGUGUUUCAAGGAUAUGGAGUGGCAAGAUAUUGUACAGUUGGAUGAUGCACAGCUGGAGGAAAAGGGUGUCAACGCCCUGGGUGCGAGAAGAAAGAUGCUCAAGGUAUUUGAGCAGGUCAGGGAUGCACAGAAGGAUGGUACCUUGGGCGGUGUUUGA